CUAUUAACUUUCGAAAGUUGAUAGGCAAACAAAACACACAUCGCACAUCGAAUCGCAGAUAUAAAGAAGUCGCCUCUGCUCUGCUAUCUUAAGACCUGAUAUUUCAGUGUUCCUCUUUUAUUGCUGCCACUUGGGGCGCUAUCUGCACAGACAACCCGAGCGACUCAUAGGAGCUAGACACUGGAGCACACGUAAAAGAAACAAGAAGAAAACGUCAUCAUGUUCCACAGAAAAUUCCUUUUGGGCCUGCUCGUGCUGAAUUUUAUGGCACUGCUGAUGGCUGCCACCGUGGUGACCACACGACGCAUUCAGCCACGGGAGGCGAACUCUUGUGAGGGCCGUCAGACGCCCGGACCCAUCUGCGAGUCGUGCGAGCUGCUGGCAACCUGCGUCCGCCACUCGAACGGCUGGGUGAACAUUCCCGUGGAAUCGUGUGAUGUGGCCAAUGGCUACUACUGCAAUGCCCGGCAGGGCAGCUGCACCAACGACACGGGACCCUGCCAUCCGUUUGGCAUCGAGGGCAACUUUCAGUGCACCUCGCAAGGCAUCUUUCCCGAUCCGUACGACUGUCAGAAGUAUCACAUGUGCUACUUUGUGGGUGCCACACUGGUGGCCGCCGCCGUCGACUGUGGCAACGACAAGGCCUUCGAUGCCAGCACCGGCCAGUGCACCCUCACGCUCCAGGAUCCCGUGUGCCUGCAGAGCCAAUACCACUGUCCCCAUGCGGGCUACGUGGCGGCAUGGCCCACCAAUUCCAACAUCUUCUACGUUUGCAAGUCGACGGUGAAUCAGAAUCUGAACGACACGAUCGUCAUCUAUCCGUCGCUGCAUCGCUGCAACGAUGGCGAAACCUUUGUCGAUUAUGUGUGCCGCUCGAGCAGCAAUACGCUGCCCCAGAUGCCAACACAGCCGGAGGCGCCCAUGGAUCCCAAUGACAGUGAGUUCUCGGUGAUGCCCAGCAGCUGCCAGCAUGUGGGUCUCAUUGCGGACAUGGAUGACUGCAGGAAGUACUAUUACUGCUCGGCCUUGAACGGCACCCUCCGGCACAUGCAGUGUCCCGAUGGCACCUACUACCGACCCGAGCAAUCCUCCUGUGUUCUCGGCACAUGCUGAGCGCCUUUUUGUAUAAUUUUUAUUAUUUUUUUGUGUUGCCUGAGAUGAUUGGAUUGUAUUUAUCAAUAAAUAAAAAGCAUCGAAGUGUAACCCUGAGAUAUGAA